GGGGAUGCGAGCCGGCGGCGGCGACCCGCGCGGGAGCCAGCAUGUGUCUGCGCCUCGGAGGCUUGAGUGUGGGUGACUUCCGGAAGGUGCUGAUGAAGACAGGUCUGGUGCUGGUGGUGCUGGGCCACGUGAGUUUCAUCACAGCCGCUGUACUCCAUGGCACUGUGCUGCGCUACGUGGCUGCCCCCCCCAAUGCCGUGGCUCUGCAGUACUGCGUGGUCAACAUCCUCUCUGUCAUUUCUGCCAUCGUGGUCAUCGCCUCAGGCAUUGCAGACAUCAUGUUGUCCCGCUACCUCCCCAGCACUCCCCUGCGCUGGACAGUGUUUAGCUCGAGCGUGGCCUGUGCUCUUCUCUCUCUGACCUGUGCCCUUGGCCUCUUUGCCUCCAUCGUUGUGACCUUUGCCACCCAAGGCCGGGCACUGCUGGCCGCCUGCACUUUUGGGAACCCUGAACAACCAGUACUCACGCCUGACUGUCCCUUCGACCCCACACGCAUUUAUAGCUCAAGCCUGUGCCUCUGGGGCAUCUCGCUCGUGUUCUGUGUGUCAGAGAGCAUGUUUGCUGUGCGUGGCACCCAGCUUGCCCACAAGCUGCUGAAACUGAGACCCUGGUGGGGGAAAAGCUGCCACCACACAGUAAAGAGGACCCAGGCCCAGACCCAGUGGACCUGGCAGGCUCCUGUUUCUCCACAGAUGCUGGACAGCCCUGAGCCCAUGGAGGGUCAUGACCAGUUGAGUUGCGCCAGCUCGGAGCCGCUGACCCUCUGAGAACUGAUGCCUCACCCAGGCCCCAUGGCCACUGGGGCCCUGCAACCAAGUGUACACUGUCACCAGGACAGGAUUCCUGAAGCAGGCCCAAGAGGGCUCAAUGGACCCCCUGCCUCCCCCACCACCCAGCCCACUGCACUGAAACGAGACUUUAUUUUCAAGUU